GCGACGGUGUACAUGAAUUGCAUGAAGUCGGUAAUUGAAUACUAAAAUAAAUAAGUUUCUUUUGUCGAAAUGAUAUGGGAAAUGAAGAGAGGGGAUGAAUGCAUACUCUAUCAAAUAGGCAACAUCAACAGUGGCACCCAAAAAGGUGAAGUAUAAGUGGGUGGGGGGAGGGCAGAACAGCAACAACUACAAGAAGAGAGAAACAGCUGCCCUGCCCACCCUCCAAAGUUGAAGCCAUGCAAAUUAUAUAUGGGGAUAUGAUUGUGUUUAUUCCCCUGCUUCUCCUUUGUCGCCACAUGCACUGCACUUUUCUUAACAUUUGAUGUAUGUUACACUGAUCUGAAACAAAUGGCUGUAUAGUUGACUUUUGAGGAUACAGCAGCAACAUUUCUUGGCCUAAACUCUAAAGUGGCUCUUAGAGAGGGGAAGAAGAAAAAAAACAGUAGUUAUAAUGCCAUUUCAUCAUCAUCACCAUUACCAUUACCAUUCUCUGUAGCUAUAUGCAGUGAGUGGGUGCACUCAGUAAAAACCCAGUUUUCUGCCCCCUCAACCCUUCUGAAAUUUGUCUGUGGUGAUCAAAGCCCUUCCUUAUUCCCUUGUCCACUAACCAAAGGUUCAUAUAUAAAUAGGAUAUGGCUUCUCCCCCCCAAUCUCCCCCUCUUCUUCCCAUCUAUUGUAAGCCCUCCAAUAGCAGUACUCUGGCAUAAAAAUAUUACCAAGUUGGAGGAAGUUAAAGACCCACAUAGAGCUUCAAGCCAUUUAGGUAGCUAGCUAGCUAGCUAUCCCCAUCCAUGGCUAUAGCAACUAGUACCACAAGAAUGCUCACCACCUGUCUGCUGCUCUACCUCUGCCUCUUCACUGGUCUCAGCAGCUGCUCAUCUUCAACUUCAGCAGCAGGAAUGGCUGAGGGCUCCAAACAAGGCAUCAUGGUGGAUCCAAAUGAUGAUCUCCCUCUCUAUUACAAGGAUGGAUACCAAGAACUGAAGAACAAGGUGAAGGUGAUGAUGAAGACAAGGAAGCUGCUUAUGAUGGAUGUGAAAGAUUAUGAUGAAACUGGCGCAAACCCUAGACACGAUCCUCGCAAGGGCAGAGGCAGGAACCCUUAAUUACAAACCAGAAUCAUCAUCACCACCCUUAUUAGUAAACUAUUAAUACAUAUAUUUAGCAUCGUUUAAUCACUAUUAGUUAUGAUCAUCAUCAUUGAUUAGUUAGCGCUCGCCGUUUCAGAUAGGCCCAGCUGCUUCAUUGACUACCGCUGGUUACUGUUGAUUACUUUUGUACUAUGAGAUUAAGAAUAAGAGAAGCAGCUAAUCACUUUAUAAGAUAUAUUUACAUUAAUUAAGAUGUAUCUCUACAUGAUGUAUUAAUAUAAAAGUAUAAGUUAAGGAAUUAUGUUCAGUUUAAUACGACUUUGAAAGCCAGGCCACUUAUCUUUUCCCCUUCCACUAUUAUGCUUGGCACAAAAAGAGGUCAGGAAACUGCCACCACCAUAACAAAUCCACAGACCUUCUCCUGCAACUCAUUUUCAAC